GCACACCGGCACGCACUUAUGCAGUUAUCGUAAAUUACAAUCAAUUCUUAAUCUGUGUCUAAUAAACUACAAGCACCGUCAAAAAUCUUCCAACAGUUUUUCUAAAAUUUUGGAAUUUGUUAUGAGAAGAAAAGAAAGAACCUGAAUGCCAUUUCGUCCAAAUUCACACCUACCUACCCAACAUUAAUAAGAAGCCUCUGUCUCCAACUUCAACGUUAUAAUCUUCUCUGUUCUUUUCAUCGUUAAUUAUUAAUCAGAUAAAAUGAAGAGCGAGAAAAAGUCAUCGUUACAAGAUCUAAUUGAGAAUUCAGGUGGUUGUGUUGUUACUGAUGGUGGUUUUGCCACACAUCUUGAAACACUUGGUGCUUCUAUCAAUGAUCCUCUUUGGAGUGCUAUUUGUUUGAUCAAACAGCCUCAUCUUAUCAAACAGGUUCACUUGGAAUAUUUGGAGGCUGGUGCAGAUAUAUUGGUUACUUCAUCUUACCAGGCUACAAUUCCUGGAUUUUUGUCCAAGGGGCUGUCCAUUGAAGAAGGGGAAGCACUAUUACAGAGAAGUGUCAAGUUGGCAGUUGAAGCUCGUGACAGUUUCGGGACAUCUGCUAAAAGAAAUCCUGGAAAUAAAUAUAGAAGAGCUUUGGUUGCAGCCUCCAUUGGAAGCUAUGGUGCUUAUCUUGCUGAUGGCUCCGAGUACAGGGGACUGUAUGGACCAGAUGUGAAUUUGAAGAAGUUGAAAGAUUUUCAUCGCCGCAGAUUGCAAGUUCUUGUUGAAGCUGGUCCAGAUUUGCUUGCUUUUGAGACUAUUCCAAACAAACUUGAAGCUCAGGCUUUGGUUGAGUUGCUUGAAGAAAUAAAUGUCCAAAUCCCUUCUUGGAUCUGUUUUACAUCUGUAGAUGGUGAAAAUGCUCCCUCAGGAGAAAGUUUCCAAGAAUGUCUUGAAGUUAUAAAUAAGUGUAACAAAGUAGAGGCCGUUGGUAUAAACUGUGCACCUCCCCAUUUUAUGGAAAGUCUCAUCUCGAAAUUUAAGCAGUUGACAAAGAAGGCGAUCAUUGUCUAUCCCAACAGUGGAGAGGUUUGGGAUGGUAUCGCGAAAAAAUGGCUUCCAUCAAAGUGUUUUCAUGACGAUGAUUUUGGAUUUCACGCAACAAGAUGGCGUGAUUUGGGAGCUAAAAUAAUAGGAGGUUGUUGCCGGACUACACCCUCUACCAUUCAAAUUAUUUCUAAUGCUUUAAGAGAAAAUAUUUAGUUUUGCUCACUCAUGUAACUUAUUUUUUCAAUUUGCGAGAUUUUCACAAAGAGUUUUCCAUAAAUUGAAGUUUUAAACUCUUGUUUUAAACUUAUUCAUUCAAAUUAUGACGGUUAUAAAUUAAGACUGAGGGAGGGAGUAUUGUAUAAAAAGAGUUAAAUAAUGACGGUUAAAUUAUUGUAUAAAUCAACACCGUCAUAAUUUUCCAUUAAAAGUUUUUUUUUUUUUUUUUGUAAUUUGAGAAAAAAAAUUGAUUUUUUUCUUUAAAUUAUGACUGGUGGAGUAUUGUAUGAGGCCCCUAA